AUGGGUGUUAAAGGAUUUGUUGAAGGAGGCAUUGCUUCUAUUAUUGCUGGAUGUAGUACUCACCCACUUGAUUUAAUUAAAGUCCGUAUGCAACUUCAAGGAGAAUCUCCGGCCACUGUUCAGAAUCUCCGGCCAGCACUUGCUUUUCAGAGUGCUACUACCAAUAUCCAUAUUCCGGUUGCUCCGACCCGUGUGGGACCCGUUUCAGUAGGUGUAAAAAUAAUACAACAAGAAGGUGUUAAGGCUUUGUUUUCCGGUGUAUCAGCAACUAUGCUAAGGCAAACACUUUAUUCUACGACCCGAAUGGGGUUGUACGAUAUGUUGAAACAGAAAUGGAGCGACCCGGAUAACGACAGUAAUAUGUCGUUAUCCAGGAAGAUCCUCGCUGGCUUGAUAGCCGGCGGGGUGGGAGCGGCCGUCGGUAACCCUGCUGACGUGGCGAUGGUCCGCAUGCAGGCAGACGGCCGUCUCCCAUUGGCGCAACGACGCAACUAGAAGAGCGUUGUUGAUGCCAUUACUCAAAUGAGUAAAAGCGAGGGAGUUACUAGCCUGUGGCGCGGUUCAUCCCUUACAGUGAAUCGCGCUAUGCUAGUAACAGCAUCGCAAUUAGCAUCAUAUGAUGAGUUUAAAGAGAUGAUUCUAGAGAAGGGGCUUAUGAAAGACCGGCUUGGGACCCACGUGACAGCGAGUUUCGUGGCGGCUGUGGUGUCGAAUCCUGUGGAUGUGAUUAAGACACGUGCCAUGAAUAUGAAGGUGGAGCCAGGGAUGGCCCCACCUUAUAACGGGGCACUUGAUUGUGCUAUGAAAACUAUUAAAGCUGAGGGGCCAAUGGCUCUUUACAAGGGGUUUAUUCCUACAAUCUCAAGGCAAGGACCAUUUACUAUUGUGCUCUUUGUUACACUGGAACAAGUCCGCAAAUUGCUCAAGGAUUUCUGAUGAUGACGACGAAGAAAAAAGUGGAAUUUAGUAUCACGAAUUAACAAAAAAAUGUUUCGUUUAAUUGAUGUUUUUAAGUUUUAAAUUUGUUACUUGAGUCUGGGAGAGAAGUAAUACCAAGUCUAUGGCCAAAUGUUGUGUUCUUAGAUCAUAUACUAUAAUUACUUCUAUAUAAAAAUGAUUUCUUGUUUGGUGG